AUGCUACAAUCAGUGAGCGCACAUCUGAUGGACGAACGACGUCAGUCACGUCUCAUCUUUGAUGAACGCCGAGGUUCACGACGAGGAACUGUUGGAGAUGCAUUGGUAGCCUCACAUCAUCAUACUCCACCACAAUGGUGUGGUAUAGGUGUUAUCGAAGACUUUCAGCCAUCUAUCCCAUUAACAUUGGACAAUACACUCAGCUGGGCAAUACUGAGUACGCUACCGAAACGUGGAGCCGUAUUGAAACCACGAAAUCGUUGUGUAGGUACGGUAUAA